CGUUAAAAAGCUAGCUAGCUAGCUUAGCUGAGUCACCACUUCCGCCUGUAAUUUUUGGCAACUUCCGAGGCGACAGCAGACAACUAGUUGGCAACUUUUAGCUUUCAUUUCUCUGAGGGGGGACAUGGACAGAAUAAAUGUGCCCCCUGUGGGCCCCAUGGACCUGCCGCUGUCCCUGCUGGAGAUGGGAUGCUCUGGCAGGUUUGAGCUCAUCACACAUCCUCUACCUGACCAGCCUUUGCCUCCACAGAGCACGCUUCCCCACGGCCUCCCACCCACCAGCCUGAGCCUGGAAACAGAAGUAGAGAAACAAUUUUUACAGGACCCUGCUUGGCUUCCUAUACACGACACAGACUUUGCCUUCCAGAAGUUUCUCAAGGUGACUCAGAGAAAUGUUAAUGCUGACUCUUUACUCAACUGCGCUCCGUCUCCUCUCCACUCGGGUCUCUCAGUCGUCAGAGAUCCGACCACAGGGAUGCUGCUUGACUUCACGGAGGUGUUACUGGAGAACACUGGCCUGUCAGCAAAGAACUCACUUUCAUUUCAGCGACAGCCUGGACCCCCUUCUGAGAGCCUCAGAGGCAGCAACACCAACUACCCUUUCCUCCCCGGAGGAAUGGAGGAACUCAGUCUGGACCAAAUCAAGAAGAAAUCUGAGCUGGAGGAAGACAUAGACUUUGAGAAGGAUUUACUCCAAGUCCCUCCUGGGUUUAAAGCUGGCAUGGACUUCACUGACAAAGAUUCAAAGACAGCAAAACCAGAGGUCAGCCUCAUGUCCCUCCUGUCCACGUUUGAUGGCAUUGCUGAUUUGCAACCUGAGGAAGAAGAGAAACAGGAAAGCAAAAAGAGUGAAGACACUCCCAAACUACCCCGAACAAACAGCCUUGAAGACCUGGGAAUCAAGGAUGCUGUGUCAUCCUCUUCUGCCUCAGAGAAAGCAAAAGACGAGAAAUCAAAGCCAAAGGAGAAAGCAGAAGAAAAUAAGAAGUGGGCGAUCCCUGUCAACAUCACCGCACCCUGCGAUGAUUUUUACAAACGCAUCCCCAACCCAGCUUUCAAAUGGCCCUUUGAGCUGGACACUUUCCAGAAGCAGGCUGUGCUCCGGCUGGAGGCUCACGACUCUGUGUUCGUGGCAGCUCACACUUCAGCUGGAAAAACAGUGGUGGCUGAAUACGCCAUCGCUCUCUCACAGAAGCACAUGACAAGGACCAUCUACACCUCUCCCAUCAAAGCCCUGUCCAAUCAGAAGUUCAGAGACUUUAAAAACACCUUUGGAGAUGUCGGACUCCUGACAGGUGAUGUCCAGCUCAGCCCUGAAUCUUCAUGUCUCAUCAUGACCACUGAGAUCCUCAGGUCCAUGCUUUACAACGGCUCAGAGGUCAUCAGAGACUUAGAGUGGGUGAUCUUUGAUGAGGUUCACUACAUUAAUGAUGCUGAGAGAGGUGUCGUAUGGGAGGAGGUUUUGAUCAUGCUUCCUGAUCACGUUAGCAUUAUUCUUCUCAGCGCCACCGUGCCAAACGCUCUCGAGUUCAGCGAGUGGAUCGGUCGGAUAAAGAAGAGGCACAUUUACGUGAUCAGCACAAUGAAGAGACCUGUGCCUUUGGAGCAUUAUCUAUACACUGGAAACAGCACAAAGACUCAGAAAGAGAUGUUCCUGCUGGUGGAUGCUGUGGGCAACUUCCUCACUAAAGGGUACUAUGCAGCUGUGGAUGCAAAGAAGGAUCGCACAAGCAAACACGCACAGUCAUUCGGCUCAAAGAGUACUUCUCACAACACUACAGCGAGUCAGGACCGAGCGGUGUGGCUCGCUCUCCUGCACUUCCUGUCCCAGAGGCAGCAGACGCCGGUGGUCGCCUUCACUUUCUCUCGGACUCGCUGCGACGACAACGCCCGAUCACUGGACUCCAUGGACCUGACUACCUCUGUGGAGAAAGCUGAGAUUCACUCUUUCUUCCAGAAGAGCAUGAGCCGCCUUAGGGGAGGAGACCGACAGCUGCCUCAGAUCUUGCUCAUGCGGGACCUACUGAAAAGGGGAAUAGCCGUCCAUCACAGCGGGAUCCUGCCGAUUCUGAAGGAAGUCAUAGAGAUGCUUUUCUCACGGGGUCUUGUCAAGGUCCUCUUUGCUACAGAGACGUUUGCCAUGGGAGUGAACAUGCCUGCUCGUACCGUGGUGUUCGACAGCAUCAGGAAACACGACGGGACUGGCUUCAGAAAUCUGCUGCCAGGCGAGUACAUUCAGAUGGCGGGCAGAGCGGGCAGGAGAGGUUUGGAUGCCACUGGGACAGUCAUAAUUCUGUGUAAAGCUGGAGUCCAUGAGAUGGCUGAUCUGCAGGUCAUGAUGCUGGGUAAACCAACUGUUCUUCAGUCCCAGUUCAGACUCACAUACACAAUGAUCCUCAACCUGCUGAGAGUAGAAGCCCUCAGAGUGACCGACAUGAUGAGGAGGAGCUUUUCUGAAAGUCACAGGGACACUCAGGCCCAUGAGAAAAAAAUCAGCCAGCUGAAGCAGUCGUUGUCCUCCCUGCCUCCUCUGGACACGGAUGGCCAGCUGUCUGACUUGUUGCCUUAUUACCACACCGUGACGGAGCUACGGACCACCACUGAGGCCCUCCAGCGUGCGAUUCUGGAGUCAGUGAACGGGCUGAAAACUCUGUCUGUGGGUCGAGUUAUUGUGGUGAACAACAAACAGCAUUUGAACGCACUGGGAGUUAUCCUGCAGGUGUCCAAUGACUCUGUGAAUCGCACUUUUACUGCUCUCAUCAUCUGUGAAAAAGGCAAUGAGGAGGGGGAAGGAAAAAGCAACAACGCUUUCCCUCACCUGUUUAACACAGCUCUUUUCAUACCUGAAGGUCCUUGUAGCCACACAGUGCAGAAACUGAAGCUUCAGGACAUCACAGCGAUCACAGGGAAGACCCUUAAAGUGAUUCCAGAGAGGAUCAUCGACAACUACAACAAGAGGCAGCAGCCACGCUUCAGACAUGACCCUCCAGGCCAGGCCAUCUCCACAGCAACCCAGGAGCUCUUACGAUUGGCCGAGGCCAACCCCAGCGGCAUAGCGAGCUUGGACCCUGUGAACGACCUCCAGCUGAAGAGCGUGGAUGUGGUGGAGGGCUCUAUGAGGCUCCGUGUGCUGCAGGAGAGCCUCAAAGAGUUCAACUGCAUCCACUCGCCCACAUUCGCAGAGCAGUUUGCCCGGGUUCAGGACAGGAUGAGUGUGCAGGAGGAGCUGGACAGGCUGCUGUUCCUCGUGUCCGAUCAGUCUCUUUCCCUGCUGCCUGAAUAUCACCAGAGGAUCAAGGUGCUGCAGUCCCUUCAGUAUGUGGACAGCGGCGGGGCAGUGCAGCUGAAAGGCCGCGUAGCAUGUCAGAUCAGCAGCCACGAGCUGCUGCUGACCGAGCUGCUGUUUGAGAACGUCCUGAGCCCUCUUGCUCCCGAGGAGAGCGCCGCCCUGCUGUCUUGUUUGGUCUUUACACAGAACACGCAGGUGGAGCCGCACAUCACCAACACGCUGCAGGAGGGCAUCGAUCGGGUGCUGUCAGUGGCUAAGCGUAUCGGAGAGCUGCAGAUGGAUUGUGGGAUUCCUCAGACAGCUGAGGAGUUUGUUGGCCAAUUUAAGUUUGGUCUAACCGAGGUUGUGUACUGCUGGGCCCGAGGCAUGCCAUUCGCAGAGAUCGCCUUACUGACAGACGUCCAGGAGGGCACGGUUGUCCGCUGCAUCCAGCGCCUGGAUGAGGUGCUAAAGGAGGUGCGCCAGGCCGCCCGCAUCGUGGGCGACUCCGUCCUGGGGAGUAAAAUGGAGAAGGCCUCCCUGGCCAUCCGCAGGGACAUAGUCUUCACCGCCUCCCUUUACACCCACUGAGAGACGAGGAGAGAUGCUUGCAGCCAAAGUGUUUGUCUUAGUGAGAGAGACGUGAGAAAAGAUGGGGGAGGAAAAGAGAAUGUGUAAAUUAACUCAUAAGUGCUGUAUGUGCCUAUAAACCAUGUUGAUGUUUACAUAAAAAUCACUGAAAGGAUAAGGGAAUGAUUUUAAUCAACAGACCAAAGUACAAAGCAGUAUGAAACCUGGAUGUAAUUUAUUGUACAGUAAUAAAACCUGUAUUCCAAAA